CCCUAUGCGCGGACUCCAACCCGAACUCAAAUCCAAUUUAAAUAACCAUUUCAAACCCGACACCCGUGUUUCAAUAAAACUCGUGAGAUAGACGACACUUUCCCUUUACCUAAAAACAACCUAAUCCACGCUUUUCCACCACUUUCCAUAUCCAACUGCCGAGUACAUAUACUUCUUUCUUUUUGUCUAACAAAUUUAUUGUUUUUUCCUACGGGAGAUAGAGGGAGAGUGGAACAGUCACCGGCGAAUUUUAGUACGGUGACGUUGAUGGCGGUUGCCGAACGGCGAAAUCCUCACAGCGAUAAGAAGAUGUUUAGUCUUUGUCCUUUUUGGCAGAGCGGAACAACGAACUCCUCGUCUUCCUCUUCCACGCAUAAUCUCAACCAUACUCAUGACGGUAACAGCAAUAACCGACACCUGGAGGUUAAGAAUAGCUCCAAAUCUUCAUCGUCUUCGACGACGGUAUCGACUGUUGCCAGAUCUCUUCUCCCUGCUUGGCGUAGACUCCGUCUCGACCCCGCCAAAAAACUAUACUUUCCGUAUGAACCAGGAAAACAGGUGAGGAGUGCAAUCAGGUUGAAAAACACUAGCAGGUCCCAUGUAGCUUUCAAGUUUCAAACUACUGCACCGAAGAGUUGUUUCAUGCGUCCUCCAGGUGGCAUCCUUGCUCCAGGAGAGAGCCUUAUUGCAACUGUGUUCAAGUUUGUCGAGCAGCCAGAGAACAAUGAGAAAGUAAUAGACCAGAAGAGGAAGGCUAAGUUUAAGAUCAUGAGUUUGAAGGUUAAAGGAGGAAUAGAAUAUGCACCUGAGUUGUUUGAUGAACAGAAGGAUCAGGUAACAGUUGAGCAAAUAUUGCGGGUUGUAUUUUUGGAUGCAGAGCAUCCUAGUCCUGCAUUGGAAAAAUUGAAGCGUCAGUUAGCUGAAGCUGAGGCUGCUUUUGAAGAUCGUAAGAAACCUCCACCUGACACUGGGCCUCGUGUUGUUGGGGAAGGUCUUGUAAUUGAUGAAUGGAAAGAGCGGAGAGAAAAGUACCUGGCUCGACAAAAGGUUGAAGCGAUAGACUCAACACGAGGGGGGGGUUUACCCUCACUGUAACUGCUUCUGGCAGGUUAAAAAUUUAUGAGGUAGACCCCUCAGUUCAUGGAUUUAUAGCGAGUGGAGGUGAAGAUUUGGAUGGCUUUCAGGUACCAUGGGGAUAAAAAUUGUUUGAUACAAUAUUUGCGGAACAUCAUGGACUUCACCCUUCUUUUAGAUAAUGUAUUUUGUUUGUAAGGAAAAUAAAUCAAUACCAUCCGCUUUAUGUUGUACAUUUUAGAAAUGGGGUGCUAGGUUUUGUAUCAGCUUUUUAGCUCUGUGCAUUGAAAGGUAUACUUGAUCAAUAAUACAGUUCAUGGGUUUUCUUGAUGCGUA